CUCACUUCCUACCACACCCGCUCGCCAUUGCUUCUGAUUGUUUGCUUGUACCUGCUCCGCGUCCGCCAACAUGUUCAAGUCGGUGCAGCGGACAGCUCACAAAGUGGGUGGGAAGAGGAGCGCCGAUACAGCAGACGUGGGAUCUGUCAUUGCAGAAUUCAAGGCGACAGAUGAGAUGCUCAUGCGCCUCGAGAAAGAGCUGACGACCUGGCGCAAUGGUUGGGACGAGAUUCUCAGGUACCAAUACGACUCCGCAGAAGCCUUUACCGCACUCUACAAACCCAUCGAGCCACCUCCAGAACCGACUUCGAACCGCGGUCCUCCAGUGCAGACUCCGCGAGAUCAGCUGCAGAGAUGUCUCGGACUCCAGAAAAUGUAUAGCGACCUCAAGUCGGAUCUCAGCCAAGAGAUUGGAAUGAUUGCCAAUAAGAUCAUUCGGCCGGUGAAGGAAGCCAAAGCUGCGACAAAGUCUCUGCAGAGAACGCUCAAGCAUCGCGAGAAUUCGAAGCUGGACUACGAGAGAUAUCUGAGCCGAACAGAGCAUGCGAGGAAAAAGGAGGUGCGCAAUAUGAAGGAGGAAAUGGCGCUUGCAAAACACGAGGGCGAUUUGCAACAGGCGCAGAUUGACUAUCAGACCUCAGACGAACAGAUUAAGCAGUACUUCCCGCCUGUCAUUGAAGCGAUUCAGGCACUCAUGCCCUACAUCCUCACAACUCAGAUUCAAAUUCAGACGACGCUCGUGGGGCAGCUGUACACGAGCUUGGACGCGUACUGUAGGCAGCAGGGACUGCCGAGUCCAGCUCCCAGCGAUGCUGAGAUCAUUUCUACGUGGGAUUCGCAGUUCACAUCGCUUCGCAAAGAGUGGGAAGGGUUUUCGGACAUCUUGCGGCAGGGAACGGCCAUUCAUAUGCAAAUGAACUUGCCCGAUAAGGAGACGUCUUCCAUGACAGGGUUUGGCAUCAGGAACAGAACGUAUGGGGCGAUAGGAAAGGACAGAGAGACAGGGUCGGCGAGUGGACUUGGGAUUAGGAACAAAGGGUCGGCCUUGGUCAGUCGCGGUAAAGCCGCAAUACCGGGAAAAGGAGCACCACCACCACCACCUCCAUCAGCAGUUCCAGGCGCUGCAAACGGUGGCAGCAAUGGCAGCAGCCCUCGACCUCAGCAGACCACUUAUCCUGGACAUCAUGCAGAGGAGGAAGAAGAUGCGCCUCCACAGCCACCACGACCCGGCAACUUUCCCUCUCCAUCGCCCAAGAUCGGUGCUUCACCACUUCCGUCUCCGAGUAUACCUUCGAACAAGCCGCGGAUGCCCUCGUAUUCGAACCUGACAUCGCAUGAGCGUAAUGGUGGUAAUGGCUACCCAGCAGACCGCAAAUCACCUGGCGGAAUGAUCGGAGCCUACCCAGCACAAGCUCCACCACCGCCAACUUACACCGAGUCGCAAGCGUCCACCCCGUCGGCGCAAUACGCCACGCCACCGAGUGGGCUCUCGCGCGUCAACUCCCACAAUGACUAUUUCGCGGGUGGUAUGCCGCAGCUGAACCGACAAGGCUCUGCACAGUCUGGAGCUUCAUCAGCGGCAAACAUGGCAGCAGCAGCGAAGAAAAAGCCGCCUCCGCCCGUGCCGGUCAAGAGGAUUGGAUCGACGCAGAGCACGUUCGUCACGGCAUUAUAUGACUUUGAGGGGCAGACGGCAGAUGACCUGCCCUUUCGGGAGGGAGACAAAAUUCGGGUCAUCAAGAAAACGGAUAGCACGGACGAUUGGUGGGAGGGUGAAGUGAAUGGGAAAAAGGGCAGCUUUCCUGCGAAUUAUGUGCAGUUGUGAAUACAUGUACCUCCUUUCUUUGGGGGGCGUGAUGUGUGCAUUGGCAUGACGGAUUAGUUAGAUUUAGCGAUUGGAGCGAGCGAGUGGACGGCAUGCGGGCAUGCUUUGGACAGCCCGAGAGUUCCUAUGAAGAUGGCGUUGUAUAAUCGUCCGUCUACAGGAGAGAGGAGGUACAUACUGUAGUGUUAGUACCAUGAAUACAAUGGAUAUAUGUACC